GCCCGCGCCGGCGGCAAGGAGACGCGCGACGUUGCGGAGUUCAUGGGCGCGGCGGGGGCGCAGCGGAAGAAAGAGUGGACGAGCUCGACACCGAGGGCGCAGUUGUCCAGCGUGCUCGACCGCGCGAGGAAGGCGGCCAUGGAGGAGGACUGGGCGCCCAUCACCGCAGGGGCGCUGGACGGCGCCAUCGACGCGAUGGCGAGGGGCAGGGCGAAGGCCGCGGAGCAAAUGUCGGCGCCAGCCUUCAAGCGGUUGCCUCCCAGCGCGCGCGAGGGGCCGAGGCAGCGGGUCGAGUGCGUCAAGCGCAUGGGUGCAUGGCCCUGGCACAUGCUCAUCGCGCCGGUGAGUCUGUCUAGGAAGGAGGUUGGUGGAGAUCGAGCCAUCGGGCUCCUACCAGAGGCAGCGAAGCCACGGUCCAAGGUGCGCAGGAAGCACCCUGGCGAGUGGGCGAAGGUCCACGCGGCCACGGCGCUCUGGGACCUGGCGGGGUUCUACGACGUUUCGGAGCCAGUGCUGAUCUUCGGAGAAGGGGUCAGGCUCGGGCUCCCAGCGCGCACCUGGCACCUGGAGAUGCUCCGCCACCUGAGCAGCAGGGCGAGCGGCAAGUUGACGCAGGUGCACGCGCGCUCGCAGGCCGCCGACGUCACCGCGAGGUCUUCAAAGGCGACCGGGCGGCCGGGCGACGAGGCGGGCGCCGGCGAGCUGAAGGCGGCGCCUGCGGACGCCAUCGAGCAGGAGCAGUGGGCCAAGGCGGCCGGGCGCAACGCGGGGAAGGGCUCGGAGGAUGGCGCGGACCUCCACUCUGCAAGGGGCUUGCCGAGGAGGCUCAAGAAGCAGGGGAGGUUCGAUAAGGUCGGUGCCACGCGGGCGAUCUUCGCUGGCUGUAUCUGGCCGCGGCAGCGGGUCGCCGACACGCGGGUCGAAAUCGGGAGCGCGAUGCGCCUCGGGCGCAGUGGCAUCAUCCUCGAGCGCGAGAAGUCCAAGCGCUCGGGGGAGAAGGCCGACGAGGGGGUCGAGAUCCAGCCGCACCUGCGGCCCCACGGCAGUUUGGCCAAGAGCGGGGCGCAGGCCGCGCCGCCACCGGAGCCUGGAGAGGAGCUGCGGGGGCUGGUCGGAGAGCCCCGCGUGGACAUCAACGGGCGGGCCCACGCGGCUGGCGACGCAUCGAGGGGCGAGACCACCGACGCCCCGAGACGCGAAGCGAUGGUCGAGGCGCUUGAGCACCUGCAUCUACAGGAGAAUAUCAAGUACACCACGGACUUCAGUUACGUUGCCAGAGGAGCGCAUCGGAUUCGCAUGGCGAAGUUGCCCAAGACGCACAAGGACCUACGGAAACGGCACCGCGAAGCGGCUAAGCUAAAGGAGAUUGCGGUCGCGAAGGUCGAGGGCCGCGUGUCGGCGACGGAUGCCGUCGAGGCGGGCGUCGGCGCGGGCGGCUUUGCGGGCAACCACCUCGCCGACGAACUCGCGCGGGGCAUCGCGGCAGAAGUUCAGGCCCCCCAGACGAGGCGCGGACGACCAG